CAAGAGAUGCUGAGGAUCUGUGGUGGAAAAAGGUCUUGGCUGCCUCACCCUGUUUCUACAGCGAGACCCAGCGCAGCGCUGCAAGCGAUGGCCGCAUCAUUACCACCAGAUUUCGACUGGCGUAAUGUAAAUGGCAUUAAUUUUGUGUCUCCCGUGAGAAACCAGGGUGCAUGUGGCAGCUGUUAUGCCUUUUCAUCCAUGGGGAUGCUGGAGUCGCGUCUGCGCGUACAAACUAACAACACGCUGCAAGUGCAACUGUCCCCUCAGGAUGUGGUCAGCUGCAGUCAACUGUCACAGGGUUGUGACGGGGGUUUCCCCUACCUUGUAGCUGGCAAGUAUGCCAAGGAAUUUGGUGCUGUAGAAGAAAAAUGCAACCCAUACGUGGGAGGGGGAGGAUCCUGCACUGGACGCACUUGCCUCAAGCACUACACAGCGAGUUAUGGAUAUGUUGGAGGUUAUUAUGGCGCUUGCAAUGAAGAGCUGAUGAGAUUUGAGCUGGUACAUGGGGGUCCCAUCUCUGUAUCAUUUGAGGUGUAUCCAGACUUCCAGAACUAUGAGGGUGGUAUUUACCACCACACUGGGCUGGGAGAGUUCAAUCGUUUUGAGAUUGUAAACCAUGCUGUCCUAUUGGUGGGAUAUGGUGCGAAUGAAACAACAGGAGAGAAAUUCUGGAUAGUAAAGAACAGCUGGGGUAAAGGCUGGGGAGAAAAUGGUUUUUUCCGCAUACGACGAGGCACAGAUGAAGUCGGCAUAGAAAGCACAGCGGUACACGUUACUCCCAUACCUUAGACUAAUGAAGCAAAGAAAUGCAAAUUUUUAGUCUUUAACCUAUUAUUUUAUCUCUGCAUUGGUUUAUCUGUACAAGUGGACUGAACAGACUGCUGCUACUCAGACAUUACCCUUCCACUGCCACAUAUUUUAAAUGCAGCUACUUUCUCUCGGAUAAAGAGGUGUGUGGUAUCACCGUCUUCAUAUAUCCCACUCCCUUAGAACUGUUAAAUAAUUAAAUAGUCAUGAAACUUGGUAUGAAUAUUUGUACAGAGACAAGUAAUACAGUACAAGACUUACAGGUUACAUGCAAUGAAUUUUACGUAGCUCAGAUCUAUGCUAGUAGAAAUUAUGUUUUGAAAUAGCUCCCUAAGUUACGCAACUUGCAUACAUUGUAAUAAUGUACAGGGCCCAGCGUAGCCAUCCUGCUUGUUCCCGCUGACCGAUUACUUUCUUGAUCACCUCUGUAGUUGCUGCAUAUUACCAACAUAUAAAUUUUAUUACAAAAGCUUCUGUUGAAGUACAGCGUGAGUCAAAUGUCAUGAUAGGACAAAGCAAACAAGAAUCCAAAAUUAAAGUCACAGCAUCAUACUACACAUAUUUCACUUUGCUUAGCUAAAAAGCUGAAGCAGUAGUAGUUUUUCUCAAAAUAGAGAACCAGCUGAGCACCCCGGGUGAUCACCCCUAAAGCUAGCCUCCAGCGGCAUAAUGCCCACACCAGAUUCAUCAACGGCCGUAACUUAUUUCAAUUCUUUCCACGUCGAACAAACCGUGCACUCACAUUGUGAAGCACGGUGGAUGUUGGCAAUAAUGUUAGGAGUAUAUUAUCUUAGCAUUUGUACACGGUGACUAAGGAAACACCUCAGUCAGGACAACUAACACACAGGCUUAGAAUCAAACGCGGGUCCUCCUGUAUGAGGCAGGCAAGCUAACCACAAAAGUGUGAUGUUAGAUGAGAAAGGAUAUGACAGGAAGUGGAAAUGGCCUGUUUUAACAUUCUACUAUCCCAGCAUUUUCUUGGUGAGGCUAAGGAAAAUUACAGAAAACUGCAUUUUCAGCAGCUGGUAUGUAGCUAAAAUGUAAAGCUGGAACUUCCUAAACAUAAAGCAGCAUUCAGUGAAAGGCAAUCAACAUGUGUAAACUCAACAUAUUUAUUCAUAUAUUACCAACAACAAUUUAUGCUAAUGAUACAGCCUUAUCGCAGGAACGAAGGGGGAGUAAGAUAGAGUGCAAGCUUGACACAAAGAUAGGAAUUGUAGCCAGGAUCUGGCUCAUAAAUUGUUAAGUAUUAGCUCGCGCAAAAGAUAUGAUAAUCGAAAAUGGCCAUAACAGUCAGUUUCAAAACAAAUAUGACCCAGUAUAAAAUAACCCAACAUCUGUUCAACAUUUUAAUUUUGCCAGACAUCGGGAAGAGUUACUACGUUUCCACGCGUUGCCAGGUUAAAUGACUGAAAAUGCACAUAAAAUGCUUAUAUAGUUAACAUUUUUUUACACUUCAUAUAGAAAGAAGCUCAAGGGGACAAUUUUAAGGUUCCUACAGAAAUGAAAUUCAUUUCACAAAGAAACUGCCAUUUAAGUGUACAAUACAAAUGUACGCCAAAAAAUGUCUUGUUCUGUAGAAUACAAUGGCUUUACCUAGAAAGUGCCAUGGUCCAUACAGAUAGGACAAUCCUAGACAUGCUUCAGCAGUCCGUACCAUAGCGCUUCACUUCCAGAAGAGGAACCAAAUUCUCUUCACAUCUCAUGUCAGUCUACCUAAGGAAAUUCUAAGAAGAGUAUUCAUUGCUAUUCUAUUCUGACACAAUUAGCAACAGCAUAUCACAUUUCUCUAUUCAUAUAAAGUACGCCUCACCUGAAACAAGUUAGGUGACAUGACGUGAUUUUUACACUAUCAAAAUUAUUGAGGUAAUAAAAUAUUCGUCGUUGCAUUGCAUCUUGAGCUAUAUUACAAUGGGUCAUAUCAAACUUGAGUCAAACUUUAAAACAGAAUCGCAUAUCAAUCACAAUCUACAGCACUCUGUCCACUCCUCCCUUGGAACAAAAGAUGUUUCCAAAUAUUAAAACUUUAAGAAAAUAAUAUGUAAUAAAAAGGGUUACAUGCCACACAGUA